ACCUUCUUGAUGACGUCAACGGUGUGAAAACAGAAUAAUCAUUCGUUGUCGUUAUGAGAGAAGACACAUAUCCGUUACUGUAACAUUUUGGAUUUAAAAUUUGUGUUGGUGAUCUAGAGGGUGUAUUUAAAAACUAAAUAGUUUUUGAAAAAGGUAUUUAUUUCCGUGUUUUAAUAUCUGAUACAUUUGUUUAAGGUCAUCUUGAACUUGAAGAUCAACAUCUACACACAAAAAAAUGGCUACCGACGUUCAUGACACAGUUGUACACACUAAAGUUGCUAUUAUCGGCGCUGGGAUCUCUGGAAUUUCCGCAGCAGAAAAGUUAGCAUCCUAUGGAUUUACUGAUUUCAAGAUUUUGGAGGCUACAGACAGAAUUGGUGGCAGAAUUUGGACUAAAGAUAUUGGUAACUUUGCUUUCAAUAGCCCAAAAACUUUAAGAUUAAGUUCAUUCCACUUCCACUUAAAAGUAGGUUACUUUUCAUUCUGUCAUUUAAACAGUUUCUAUUAUAAUAAAUGUUAUCAUAAAUUUGUUGAAAACUGGAUGAACUUUUCUGACUCUGAGAAAAGGCUUCGUCAUAUGAUAUUUACACAGCAUCUUAAACAAGAGACUGUUGUGUCUGGAUGUAAUGAUCUAGGUGAUGUAUCACUCAGUGAAUUUGGGUGUUACGAAGAAUUGCCCGGCGUGCAUUAUACAAUACCUCCUGGCUUUCAGUCAGUUUUAGAUAUACUUCUAAGUUCUGUACCUGAAGAAAACAUUUGGUUAAAACAUUCAGUGAAAUGUAUACAUUGGGCUGACAAUGAACAGAGUGCACAGCAGCAUUCAAGUGAUAACGUCCAGCAAUGUAAAAAUGAUAAUGGAAAUAAAAUUUUGAUUGAAUGUGAAAAUGGUAAAAAAGUGUAUGUAGAUCAUGUAAUCACAACAAUGUCACUUGGAGUGCUUAAAGCAUCAAGUGGUAGACUGUUUGACCCUGCACUGCCUGAAGAAAAGAAGGAAGCUAUUGAGAAACUUGGUUUUGGUAUUGUGGAUAGGAUUAAUCUGUAUUUUGAUGAACCUAUAGUGGAUCCUGAUGUGUUUAGGAUUGAAUUAUUGUGGGAUGACAAAAAGUAUGAGGAAGAAGAGCGAAAUCCAGACAAACCGGACAUGGCAACAUCAUGGUACCGCAAAAUCUACUCAUUUGAAGUAAUUGAUGCCAACCUACUAUCAGCAUGGGUAUGUGGAAAAGAAGCAGAAUAUAUGGAAUCAUUAUCAGAGGAGCAGGUUGCUAAGGAUUGUCAGAAAAUUCUGUCAGGCUUCUUGAAGAAAGACAUUCCACUGCCAUCAAAAACAAUUGCUACCAGGUGGGGAAAGAGCAAAAAUACAAAGGGCUCGUACUGCUACAUAAAGGUUGGGUCCACCAUCAGUGAUGUUGAAGCUUUAGGAGAGCCAAUUACUAAUAAUGAUGGCAAGCCUGUGAUACAGUUUGCAGGAGAAGCAACUCACCCGUCCUUCUACUCCACAACCCAUGGGGCCUUGUUGACUGGACAUCGCGAAGCAAAGCGUAUACUUGACCAUUAUAACAUAGAGAACUCUAUAUGACAGAGAGGAUAGACAAAUAGAAGCAUACAGGCAGAUAUUAUGGCUGAAUUACAUUGAUGUAUAUUUCAUAAAACAUUUGUGUCUUAACUUAUUUUAGUAACAUUAUACUUAUAUGUAUAGAUCAAACGCUUAUACUGCUUCCCUGUAGAAGUUUUGAGAACUUUGAUAUAGAAACUGUUAGACCAUGUUUUUGUAACAGUUUCCUGGUAUUUCUUUGGUGCAGUGAUUUUUAUUCUGUGUGUAAGUGAUAUACAUGUAUAAGAAGUUUGCAAUUAGAUGUCAAGAAUAAACUUGAUUUUGUUUAUCCAUUUUUUAUUAGUGACCCAUGCACAUAAUCCGAGGGUGCUUAUCAAGUGAUAAAUAUACUAUAACUGCUUGUGCAUAAGAAAUUAUAUUGUAAGAUAGAAAGGUGCAGGGCCUUAACAAAUCUCUCAUAAAUACAAGACACAAACUGGGCUAGUAGUUGAUCCAGGCAAAGAUCUGUUUAAAUCCAUUUACAUUAUGCUAUGGGACAUUCAUUUUGGCUAACACAUGUUUACUAGAGUAAAUGGGUAGCAUGUAUCACCCAUGAUGGAUGGAUAUUCAUUUUUUACUAGUAACAAGUAAUAUUUUCACUAUCCAUACAUGUUAUAAAUAAAGAAAUAUUUUCUAUACAUUUAUUCUAUUCCUGUUAAUGAUAGUCAUAUUUGUUAUGUUCUUAAGAUGUACAAGUAGAGAUGUUUAUUAUUGUUGUUGAUGUGACAGGCAAGUUAUAUGGUUAUUUACUGUAUCAUUCUAAAAAAUACAAUCAGUUAGUUUUACAGUGCAUUACCAUCCCUUAAAUUUAAUUUGCUAGUAGUGUUUUAGCCCGACCCAUGAGGUUAUGUGUAUGUCCAUGUUUAUUUUAGAUUACACAAACAGUAUAGAGUAGCAAGAGGAUCAAGCUCACAACCUCUUACUUUGAUGUACAGUCAUUAACAGUCCGACUUUAUAAAUAGGAUGAAAGCUUUUGAAAGAAGCCUUGGUGGCUAAUUGGUUCAAGUUGCCUCUCACCACUAUGGGUUCAAAGCCUGAGGCUAUGAAUUGUUUUAUGUGCGGAAGCUUGGAAGUUGUUGGUUCUACUCGUGCCCAUUUGCCCCUAAAUAAUUCAUAGAGCAGUAACUUAGGUUUUCAUCUAUUAAGUCCUAAGCACCCCCAUAUCAAAGAAAGAAAAGCGCAGUUUUUAAUCUGUUCAUCAUUGUAAUUGUUUUACAUUAUACCAACGGCUGUGACUUUUCAGUAAAUAAUCAUGCAAUUUACCUCACUCACUAUAGGGUCAUAUUUUAAAAUGUGUACAUCUUUAAACAGAUUUUAUUUCUUGUUAAUUGGUUGUUACUAUAUGUUAAGUUGUGAUGCAAUUAAUAACCAGGCUAUGACGGUAAAACAAGGGACAGGCUAAUCAUAAUAAAGCAAGGCACAUGCUAGGCAUGUUAAAACAAGACAAAUGCUAAGCUUUUAAGCACCGAGGUCAAGGCUAAGCAUAUUAAAACAAAGAAACUUGGUUCAGGAUAAGCUUAAUAAAACAAGGUUCAAAAUACAUUGAAAAAGAAGUCCUUCAGAUUAUUUGUAAAGUGCUCAUUCCUUUUAAAUUUAUUUUUAUGUGGUAAAAAGAUUUUUAUUUGUAAUCAGUAAAAUUUUUAUUUGUAUUAAACUGUUACAAACUGAAGAUUAAAAGACAUUAUAUUUUAAUUAUAUGUGUAGAUUUCACUUAUUUUUAACAAAAAUUGUUGUAAAUACACUGGAAAUAUGCAAAUUUAUUAAUAUAUAAAAAUAAUUAGACAAAUGACAUAGCAGUAUUGUUGUGCAUAGGGUAGAAAGUAACAUUUUAGAUACUGCUACAGUUAGGUUGUUGCCAGAAACUUUUAACAGUUUCCAUGAUUUUUUAUUUCUUAAUGGACUGUUUUCAUACUUGGACACAACAACCGUUGACUUAUAAAUGGCCUUGACUGUCAAGGUCAAAUAUUGAAUUUAGCUUAUUCUGUCAUAACUUUGUUAUAUAUAUACAGAUUUGAUUUAUAUUUGGACAAUAGAACCCUUGUAACAAAUUAUUCAAAGAUGACCUUGACCAUAUUUUGACAUUGAUCUUUAAAGUCAAAUCAUUGAAAUUUGCUUAAAUUGUUGUAACUUUGUUAUUUAUUUUCAGAUAUUAUUCUGAUGUAACUUUGACCUUCACUGUCAAGGUUAAAUGUUUGAAAUUUUCUGUUGAAGCUUUGAAAUUCAUUUACAAAUUUUAUUUAAUCUUGGACAAUAGAACACAUAUGACAAAACUAAUAGGUUGAGUUAUUCUGGUAUGUCUUUGACCUUUAGUCGACCUUCACUUUGAAGGUCAAAUUAUUGAAAUUUGCUUAAAUUGUCUUUACUUUUUUAUUAAUUUAUGGAUUUAAUUCAUUACUGAAAAAGGAACAUUUCUGACAAACCUGACAUGAUUAAUUAAUUCAAAUGUGGCUUUGACCUUUAAAUGACCUUGAUUGUCAAGGUCAAAACUGAAAUUUGAAUUUUAUUUUUUACAAGAAGAUUAUGUUUUUGAGGAGUACUCUUUACUACAAUGUUCCUGCUGAUGUGUUUGACUUAAGAAGGAAGAAAAGUUGAGCAUGGCCCAUGCUAGGCAAUGGUUCUAGUUAAAAGAAAAGAAAUUACACUUAUUUAUCGAGCAGGCCCUGUAAUGCAUACAUGUAAAAUCUUCAUUUAAAAUUAUGCAAAUCAGUUUUAAAUCUGAUAUUUUUUAUGUAGUUUUGAAACAAUUUUUUUUCUUAAAUUUACUGCUGCAUCUAGUAGAUAUAUUAGACAGCUGCUUAUUCGGUUCCUGUGAGAUUUACACAGUUUACAAAUCUGUCACCUUAUUCAAUCAUUGAAUGAUUGAUUAGAAAUUUUAUGUUGUUAUAUUCUCUAUUUUGUAUUGCUUUUUUUUUCUUGCUGUAUAAUUAGUUUCAUGUAUUAACAUGAUACAUUUAUUUCUGUAUUGUUUAGUUCUGCAAGUGUUUUAAGAUUUUAAUUGUUAUUUUCAUACUCAUUGAAUGUGAUGUUGUAAUGAUACUGUUGAGUAACUUUCAUAGUACACCUUCUUUAAAAAUUGUCAAAGAUUUUUAAAAUGCUGUAAAGCAAAUGCUUCAUAAAUUGUUAGUUAAAUAUAUAUGUGUAUCUUAUUAAGGAAAGUAUAGAAUAUAUCUUACUGAGAAAAAUGAAACAUUACAUCUAUUCUCACCUAUGAAGUAUGAAAUGUUUCUUUUUUUUAAAGUGAGAUAUAUUUCAUAUUGAUGAAACAUGAAAGGAGAUAAGGUAUCAGAGGAACCAGAUAUAAUAUGCAAUAAUUUUAGUAACAUUGUCAUAGUAUUUCACUUUCUCUGUUGUAAGAUCUUCUGACAAAUGAUAUGUAUUAUUCUUUUUGAUUUACCCACCAUUUUGCUGAAAACUGCCUCAAUAUGAUGUUUCUAUAAGAGAAAGAUUGGAUAAAGUACAAAUAUAUUUAUUCUUGGAGGCAUGUUUUUGGGUCAAGUGUCAUUCUUAUUCAGGGUGAAAGUUCACAUCAGUAUUCAUAAUCAAGCAUUGCCUGUUCAUUAGCCAAUGAAAUCCUUCCAUUUGACAUUGAAACACAAUGUAUUUGUUUUGUUAGAUGUAUUUUCAUUGGCUGUUUUGGAUGUAUAAGUUAAUGGGAUUGGCUGAUUUGAAAAUUUUGUAUAAAAUGCUGAUGCAUUUUUUACUGACAACAGUUUUAUAGCAUUGAUGGAAAGAGCUUAAUGUGUUCAGAAACUUCACAUGCUAUAUGCACUUAAAUUAAACAAUAUAUAUUCUUUGAAAACUGAAGUUUUACAAUGGAAACUAUUUAAUUAAACUUAAUUUUGAUGAAAAAUGUAUGUAACUAAAAUAUUUGCCUUAAUUUUUUCACAAAAUAAGUUCUAGAUAAUGAUUUUUAGUUAAUUUAAAGCUUGUUCAAUUCAUAUCAGCAUGUAGUGACUGUUUUAGAACUGUGAUUUACACAAACUUUAGAAUUGUGAUUUAAAUCAAGUUGUUGUACAUAAACUAUUAAUGUAAACCCUUUAAUGUUCAUUAAAACUAAUGAAAAUGCUUGUUGCAUUAAUAACUGGCCUAGGCCACCAGUACAGAGCCAGAUAUUUUUUCUGUUGUACCACAAAAUGUAUAUGAGUAUGCAGUUUUGGAAGAUAUCAUGAUAUUCAUUGUAAUGUUACACAUGAAAUUGACCAGCCAAAUUUCUUGCUUUGACUUGUCUAGCUUUCACUUUUAGAACAGCCUAUUAUUAUUUUUUUGCUAUAUUGAGAUGAAAAACUAUAGUUUGUCAGCCAACAGUAUAGAUUGUAGUUGGGUGGCACAAAUUUGCAGGCUGGCCUGGCACUAUUUUGGUGGCAAAAGCUAAUCACUUCCAGGUCGAACACAGUAAGGGUUGAAUAAAAAAAAUAAGACACUUGCCUUUUCAUAUAAUAAGAUUUUAUUGUGGAGUAUAUGCACGUGCAAUUGGAAGUUGUAAAUGUAUUGUUGAAUGUAUAUGUAGUAGAAACUUUGUAAACUUGUGAUACACUAGAGUGUAUAUGCUUAAAUAUUUAAAAAAAAAAAAUGCUGUCACUUUAAAAAAAAUCUGUUAUGUACUCAAUAACCUUUCUUUUGUAAAUAAAAUUGGUAAACAUUUGUUUGACUGUGCACAUUAAAAAGUUGAAUUACAAUCCACCUGGGAAAUGGGUAAAUUAGAAACAGAAGAAUUUAUUAUAAAAUCCUUCAUGAAUUUCUUGGUUCAAAGCUAUUAUUGCAAUAGGUGAACAAAGGAAUGUAAUGGUCCAUACUAUCACUGCUGAUAUUUUAUAAUUGACCUUCCCGGCUUUCAUUAUGGAACAGUCCAUAACUAAUUUAAGAUAUUUCAUUAUUAAGAUAGUUAGAUUAAGCAACCAACAUUAUAGAGCUUGGUUAAACUGGACUGGUGCCCAGACUGGCUUGGUGUUAAACUGGAGUUUCAUUUUGAGCAAAUGGGUGAAGUAUACGCAACAUUAUUUUUGUAUUCUAUCUAAGUGCUUUUUGUUUACUACUGAAAAUAGACAACAUUUAAAUUUGUAUCCGUCAUUAAUAUUGAAGCAAAAGAGUAAUUUGUGGAAUUAAUGUAUUCUAUGCAACAUAUACUAAACAAUAGUGUUGGCCUUAGGAGAAAGUUCAUAAACCAAUUCUCUGUAUGUGCUUACUAGUAUUAUUUUAAGACUUAUAUGUCAGUUAUAUGCAAUAAUUGAGCAUCAGAAAAUUUGUAUAAAGAUGGAUCAAAAAUCUAUUUUUUGCUUUUAGAGGAUUAUUUUAUAAGAUAAUAGUGCUAAAUUGCAUCUUUUUUCAGAGCAUAAUAUAUCAGUGCAUCAGUUUUAUGUUAUUUUAAGGUAUUUCCACUUUCAAAUGUUCAACUCCAGACAGGAGCAAUUUUUAGCUCGACUAUACGAAGUAUAUGGAGAGCUGUCCUACUCGCCCGGCGUCCGCGUCCAGAUUUUAGAUUAAAGUUUUGGUGCAGUAAAAUAUUUUUCACUAUAACUUUGUCAUUUCUUAAGGUAUCAACUUCAAACUUCAAAUAUAUGUUCCUUAUCAUCAACCACAUCUUAUGUGACAAGGUUCAUAACUCUAGCACCAAUAUUUUCAGAUUUAUCUCCUCUUGAACUUAGAAUUUUCCUCAAAAAAUACUAUUUCUUACUGUUUCUUCUUUAUUUCUUAAGGGAUCAACCUCAUACUUCAAAUAUAUUUACGUUAUCAUCAUCCCCAUCUUAUGUGACAAGGUUCAUAACUCUAGCACCAAUAUUUUUAGAUUUAUCUCCCUUUGAACUUAGAAUUUUCCAUAAAAAAUAUUAUUUUUUACUGUUACUUAUUUAUUUCUAAAGGGAUCAACUUCAUACUUCAAAUAUAUUUACGUUAUCAUCAUCCACAUCUUAUGUGACAAGGUUCAUAACUCUAGCACCAAUAUUGCAAGAAUUAUCUCUCCAUAAACUUAGAUUUUUUUACUAGAAAAAUGUUAUUUUUUAUUAUAACUUUUUUAUUUUUAAAGGUAUCUACCUCAAACUUCAAAUACUUAUUCCUUAUCAUCAAUUACAUUUUAUGUGACAAUGUUCAUAACUCUUGAAGCAAUAUUUACAGAUUUAUCUGUCUUUGAACUUAGGUUCCUUUAAGAAAUAUAAUAACUUCUUUACUUUUUAAGGUAUCUACUUCAAACUUCAAAUAUAUAUUUCUUAUCAUUACACAAAUGUUGUGUGACAAGGUCCAUAACUCUAGCAUGACUAUUUCUAGAAUUAUUCCCCUUGAUCUUGGAAUUAAUGUUAACAAAUGUUUUUUUUUUUCUAUAACUUAAUACAUAAUUAUACAUAAUGGAUUUUUCUUUCAUAGUUUUGUCCUCCUUACUGCGUCCAGUAUUUUAUUAGUCGAGCUUCGCUGUCUCCUGUGACAGCUCUUGUUAUUAUUACCCCUCACUAAUUUUGUAAUGUUAAUUAAUUUCCCUAAGGCCUAAGGGAGUUUUUCUUACUGUUAAUUCAAGGGUUCCAUGUGACUAAAAAUUUGUAUUGUUAUAAAGGUAACACUUUUUUAUAGUAAAAAUCUGAAAAAAUAAAUCUAUAGAGACAGUGUCCCAAUAAAGUAUUUGUUCAAGGUAAUAACAUAAUGAAUGCAUAGGUCUUUUUACUGUCACAAGAAAAUCUUAACGAUUUUUCAUCUUUAAUAAUAUUAUUUUAAAAAUAAAUUUCUUGUUUUAACCAAUAUGUGAUGAAAUUAGUUGUUUAAGUGUACAAUAUUAAUAUUUCAGAAAUAAAGAAGACACAUAAAACCUGUUAUUGUUCUCUUCCUUAUAGACUUCAUCACAAAUUUUGUUAUAUCAAGUACUGCUUUUGUUUAUGAAAUUAUCCGUUUGUUUGAUGGUAUCUGUAAAUGAGAAAAUGUGUUAUAGAAAUGUUGAUAAAUAUAUCAUUAGAUAUAAGUAAAGCUCUAAGCCCCACUUGUGUAUGGAAAGCACAGAUAACACAAGACAGAAAAUGCAUUCAGACCAUACAAAAUGUCUUAUAAAUAAAGAAUACUUAAAAAUGAAAGUUUGGGUCAUUGAGAAGUUAUCAAAGCUGUAAAUGCUAUUUACAUGUAUAGAAAUUUGGUUAGUUAAUAAUUUAGAGUAAGAGUGCAAAUGGCUUUCCAUACAAGUGCAUUUCUCAGGAGAAAGAGAAACAGAUGUGUCUUUGUAGGGAAAAAAAGGCUGAAAAUGACUUAUUUAAUGUAGUCAUUUAUCAUCUGCUGUCAGUAAAGUAGAACAAAGUAAUAUGGUUAUAUACACUGUAGAUGGACUUUAUGGAAACUUUAGGCUGAUAUGACCUGUUCUAAAUACCAGUUUUACAUAAUGUCCUAUUUUGUUUUACCCUGUAUUUAAUAAGCGAAUAAGUGUCAUAUAAAAUUGAGAUGCUCAGACUUAGGCUUAUAUUUGGCUUAUAUUAUUGUUGUUUACUUAGACCUCUACUUGCAUAAAUCAUGUUCUUUUGGCUUUAAAAAGGCCCCCCAUCUGGAGGUCACUGAAUCUACAUAAACUUAUAUUGUGAACAUAAUUAUCUUUUAAAUUGCACAAUGUUAUCCUCUAUAAAAUCAUAACUCUUGGGUCAAAAUUGGUGGUUACUUAGUACUAGAAAAUCUCAUUUAAAUUUCUUCUGAAAAACUGCAACACCUAGAUAUUUAGCAUUUAUUACAUCAACCCAAGUUGAAUCAUGUUCUAGGUAAAAAAAAAAAACCACCUACCCUUGGGUUCACGAUAUUAUAAAAUAUGUUUCACACACAAUUCAAAGUUUUAAGUCAUGCUGUGUUAAUCCAUGAAUUUUCACCUUUAUCACAGAUGAGGUUAUAAGUGUGCAGAACAGGUUAUGGUUAUGCUGUGUUUAGCCAUGAAUUUUCAUCUAUAUCACAGAUCAGGUUAUGAGAGUGUAGGUUAUGGUUAUGCAUGUUAAGCCAUGAAUUUUCACCUUAAUCAUGGAGUAGGUUAUGGUCACCAUCAAGUCUCAUUAUACCCCAAAAAUGAAGUUUGGGGGGUAUAUAGGAGUCAUUUGGUGACUUGGAAUACAAUACAACUUAAUACAAUGAUCAAGCACAUUGAGAGGAAGUGCAUGGCACAAGAACCAUAACUCUAUCUUGACUAAUUACAGAGUUAUUGCCCUUAGUUACUUUUCCUUGUCCGGGGCAUAACAUGAAAACUACUGGUUGGAAUUCAAAACAACUUCAUACAAUGGCCAAGCACAAUAAGGGGAAGUGCAGUGCACAAGAACCAUAACUCUAAAUUAAUUACAGAGUUAUUGCCCUUUGGUACUUUUCCAUUGCUAUUUCAAUUCUUUUGCAAGGUAUUCUGUUACUAGUAACUAGUGACUAGUAACUUCCUUAUUUCCAAAGCAGUAUUGCAGGGGUAUUAAUCUCAUUUAGUGAUAGUUCUAGUUUUUACAUUAUUUUAUUACUUUGUUUAUUAUACAUGUACCAACAAGGCAAUAUUGUGUAUUAUGUAAUAUUAUUAUUGCUGAAUUACAUUUUAAAACUCAAGAAACUAACAUGCUCAUUAUAACUUGAAAAAUCACUUGCCAAUAUUUUAACAUUUUUACAGUUAUUAUUUAUGUUAAUAAAACAGUUAUUAUUUGUUUUCCUUUAUCUUCUAUAACUCAUUUAUUUGCCUGCUUGUAAGAUACUGAUGAUUAAUUCUUCAUAUCUGACAAUUAGGAUAUUUUUGUUAAGAAAACAAUUUGAAAUCCUAGGCAAGACUUAGAAUAUUAGAUGUUUUUCUUUCUUAUUUUGUAGAUGACUGUUCACAAAGAAAUUAUUUAUUCAAAAGUGGCAUUGUAUUUGUCUUCUGAAUUGACUUUCUGUGUGUGGCUGGAUUAGUGAUACAGAGUUUUUAUAUUGGACUUGUUUGUACUUAGUACUUUAAUGAUAAAAUACCCAAAAUUAAUAUAUAUGCCAGUCCCAAAUUUUGAUAAAUGUUAGUACACAAAAUCAUUGGGGGGAAAAGAGGGAAAAUAAUCAAUGUUUUUUUAAAAAUGUUUGGGAUAGUCACAGAUUUACCUCAAUAUAAGAAAUAACAAACACAUCUUGCAAAAUUUUCAACAAUAUAUUUGUUAAUAUUAAUUAAGUUAUUUUUCCUAACGUGAAAUUAUAGUUAAUUCUCAUUUUUGUUCUUCUAUAGAUAUAUGAUGAAACAUGCAAGAAAAUGAAAAAAAUAAUAAGUAUGAAUGCAAUUUAAAAAUUCUAGUUGGUCAUGAAAUUUAUCUAGUAUUUUUGGUUUUAAUUUGUUUUUUAGUUCAAUGUAAAAGGGGUAAUUUGUUGUUUUUCAAGAAAGUAGAAAAGAUUUGACUAAUCUAAAUAAGAAAACAAUGCAGAUAUUUAAAGUAUAGAUAUGCUUGGGUUAUUCUUGGAACAAUGCUUUAUACACCCAUUUGUAAUCUGCUGUAAAGUUACUGUGGUGACAUGUGAUUAUGAGGAUAUAUAUAGUUUAGGGUGUUGGAAAUAAUUUUAACAUGCCAAGUAUGCUCAGCAUUACUGAUAAUAAUAUUAUUGUUUGUCUCAAGUAGGCCCCCACGAUUACACGUUUAAACGUAUUCGUUUCGAUUUUCAUUCGUAAACGUUUACGAUAUUGUUUACCGUUUAAUCGAAAUGACCAUAUUUGUAUUACAAAAUUUCUAAAUUAUUUCCUGUAGUCAUGGAUUUUAUCAAUUUAAGUGGCUUAUUCCAAAGUAAAAAACGAAAAAUGGGUGUUUACAACCCUCCACACAGCAUUACCGUGCAAAAAUUGCUCGUGACGUUAUACAUUUUUGGUAAAAUUGGGAAUACAAUGCAGAAAAAUGUUAGCUGACUUAAUCAUGAUGAUCCCUGAACAUUAUUUGUUUGUACGUGUAUUAAAAAUAGUAAGUAAGUCGUCAUUUUGCGACUCAAAGACAUGAUGUAUAUAGUACAAAGAGAUACCACCGUUUAAAAGGUAUCGUUUCGGUUCUUAGCAAUCGUGUAAACGUUUAUUCAAAAUUGUAAACGUGGGAGCCUUAGUCUCAAGUGAUGAAUUUUUUUCAUUGCAUGUAUUAAGUGCUGAAUUUUAUUUUAACUUGAUCAUUAUGCUUUUAUAAUUUCAAGUUAUUGGUUAAUUGGUAGUUCUUAAUUUGAUGAAUCUAAAAACAAAGCAUGUUUGAUAUGAACAAAUAUAUAUAAUUAUAUAUAUAAGUAGGUUGGAAUAAUUGUUUUACCAAAAGUGAAUAACGUUUUAUGAGAAGAAAUACACAGAAAUGGACAGAUUUUAAGGUGUUUGUAUAAUUACGAUAAAUAUAUUUUAACUUAUGUUGUUUCAUUUUAAAACUUUAAUUUUUGUUAAUUAACAAAUUUUGUUAUAAUGACAUUUGUUAUAAUUAUAUGGUUUUGCUCGAUAUUGUGUUUUUAUAUGCCCGAAAGAAUUUCGGACAUAUUAUGUUAUACCCCCUGGCGUCCGUCCGUCCGUCCGUCCGUUAGCAAUUUGGUUUCCGGAGCAUAACUUAAGUUCCAUUUGGCCCACAAUAUUCAAACUUCAUAGGAUGAUUGUCCAUAUUGGGUAGAAGACCCUUAUUGAUUUUGGGGUCAUAAGGUCAAAGGUCAAGGUCACUAUGACCUUAAAACUGAAAACAGUUUCCGGAGCAUAACUUAAGUUCCAUUUGGCCUACAGUGUUCAAACUUCAUAGGAUGAUUGUCCAUAUUGGGUAGAAGACCCCUAUUGAUUUUGGGGUCACAAGGUCAAAGGUCAAGGUCACUAUGACCUUAAAACUGAAAACAGUUUCCGGAGCAUAACUUAAGUUCCAUUUGGCCCACAGUGUUCAAACUUCAUAGGAUGAUUGUCCAUAUUGGGUAGAAGACCCCUAUUGAUUUUGGGGUCACAAGGUCAAAGGUCAAGGUCACUAUUACCUUUAAACUGAAAACAGUUUCCGGAGCAUAACUUAAGUUCCAUUUGGCCUACAGUGUUCAAACUUCAUAGGAUGAUUGUCCAUAUUGGGUAGAAGACCCCUAUUGAUUUUGGGGUCACAAGGUCAAAGGUCAAGGUCACUAUGACCUUAAAACUGAAAACAGUUUCCGGAGCAUAACUUAAGUUCCAUUUGGCCCACAGUGUUCAAAUUUCAUAGGAUGAUUGUCCAUAUUGGGUAGAAGACCCCUAUUGAUUUUGGGGUCACAAGGUCAAAGGUCAAGGUCACUAUUACCUUAGAACUGAAAACAGUUUCUUGAGCAUAACUUAAGUUCUAUUUGGCCCACAUUGUUUAAACUUCAUAGGAUGAUUGUCCAUAUUGGGUAGAAGACCCCUAUUGAUUUUGGGGUCACAAGGUCAAAGGUCAAGGUCACUUUUACCUUAGAAUUGAAAACAGUUUCUGGGGCAUAACUUAAAAAUCCAUUUGGACCACAAUAUUGAAACUUCAAAGGAGGAUUGUUAUUUGAAGGAGGUAAUACUUUAUUUUACUCCCAUGUCUUACAAAUGCUUCAUCUUUACUAAAAAAAAAAUCACUUUGGGGCAUAUAAUGCUCCGCCUAGCGGUGCUCUUGUUAUUCUGAAUGAAUAUGAAUUGUCUUAUAAAAGUUAAGAUUUCUUUGACUGUAUGAAUUAAUAAUGUUGUUAGGUGCAAUUUCUGAAUAGAAAAAAAUAAUUCCUGAUACAAUAUUGGUUUAUUAAAGUAUUUGUUAUGUGAUAGAUGAUAAAAUAAUAUUGGUAACUGGCACACAAAAUAGCAUUAAAUUUCAUUGAAAUUUCUGAAAUGUUUUCAUUUUUGCCUAAACUUGGCAAACUUACUAAUAUUAACCCUUCACCUACUAAAUUUCUUUAAUUUCUUAAACAUUUUUUUAAUGGCCUUUUAUCAAUUUUAGAGUAUAUCAAGAUGAAAAAUUGGUCUAGAGCCUGGUCACUUUGUAGAAAUACUGGUGGAAAUCACAAUAGGUUCUGGCAAGGCUAGUGUUAAAUUAUCUUUACACCCUAUUAUCAUUCCGAUAGUAUUAGAAACAUCCUUGUAAGCUACUCACACAAAAUAUAAAAAAAUGAAAAUAAAAAAAAAAGAUUAAUUUUUCUGUGAUAUUUCAGAAUUGUCAGGAUAAUGUGAAAAUUUAAAUCUAUUAUGUGUUAUUAAACUUUAAGUCUGCUAUAUAGAAGUGAAUCCAGCAUCCAUUUGCUUACAUUGUUCUAAUUUUGCCUCUUUUUAUACAGAAACUUCAACAUAUGAGAUAUGCAGAGUUUUAAAGGUUUAUUAAGAUAGCAAUUUUGUAAAUAUUGUACAUGCACAUGUUAAAUGAUAUUUUAAUUUCAUAAUUUUAUUAUUAAAGCAAUUUGUUUUGUUUUUUAAUCAGAAAUUUAUUGUAUCUUCAUUUUUAAUAAGAAAACUUAUUAUCAAAGGGAGAUAAUUACUAGAUUUUAAAUUAUACACAUGUAACAGGUUUUCUCCCUUUUAUUGUAUCCACUACUUUUUUUGUAUUUCUGUGUUGGAAAUUGUAAAUGUAAAGAUUGUGUCACAGUUAUGUUGUAUUAAUGUACUUGGAUAGAAGGAAGAAAUAAAAUCUGUACACUUGUUUUAA